UCCAUCUGCAUUCACCAGGGUGACGGAGCACCAGCCCCCGCUCACCUGCCCAUCGCGCCGUCACCACACAGAAACACACCAGGAGCUCAUUUAGAGCGAGUCAGAGUUCAAAGGUCAGCAAAGAUCAAAACAGCAGCCUGGACACGUCCGUCGUGGCGUGUUGACCCUGAACACGUCGGCCUCCCACAGCCUGUGUGAGGAUGAUGGUGGCUUCAUCGUCAGAGGGCAUUCCCCCAGACUCAGACACGCUUCAUAACUCUGAAUAACUCUGAACAGAUGAGGUCAUGCGAUGGUCGGCAGAUGAAAUCACUCCCUCGUACUUUUCCAGCUGCUGUGGAUGUUUUGGUUGCUGUUUUCCGUGCCCGGGGGCGAGGUGUAUCAGCGUGCUGCUGGCGGUGCGGCAGGUGGACUGUGAGCUGAGCUCAACUUUGCAGCUUCCAAACUUCUGAGAGAGAACGUGAGAGAGCGAGCAGAGGAGGAGGAAGGUGAAUCUCAAACACUCUUCUUCUUCAUCCAGGACUCAGUUUUUCUUCACUUUUCUACCAAACUCGACUCUUCUUCGUCUCCUCCGGCUCUGUUUGAGCAUCCGGCAGCAUCACUGAAUCUCCUGCCAUCAUGUCGCUGUUGCCCUUACUCAGCUGGACCCUCCUGCUCCUGGUCCAGGUGCAGAGCAGCGUUUCCGCCUCGGACCCGGCGGGGCCCGAGCUCCAGCCGCUUUCCCUGACCGUCCACCCUCACCACCAGCCGGAUGCCGCCUCCGGCUCCCACUGCCCCUCCUGCGCCCUGGCCAGGAUGCGGAGGAACGAAGGGGUCACAGCGGGGGAUGACACGGCGAGGGGGCACGAGCAAGAUGAAGAUGAGGCGGCUCAGCAAGACGUGGUGGAGGCGGUGAAGAGGCACAUCCUCAACAUGCUGCACCUCCAGGCCCGACCCAACAUCACCCGGCCCGUGCCACGCGCCGCGCUCCUCAACGCCCUGCGCAAGCUCCACGUGGGGCGAGUGGCGGAGGACGGCAGCGUGCAGAUCGAGGGGGAGGAGGAGGUGAGAGGGAGGGGAAGCCGAGGAAGAGGAGGAGGAGGGGAGGGGCAGCAUCAUCAUCGGCGGCGGGAGCUCGGGCGGGAGACGGCAGCGAUGUUCGAGACGACGGAGAUCAUCACCUUUGCCGAGCCCGGUGAGGUUCCGGGCACGGUGAACUUCGUCCUCUCCAAAGACGGCGGCGAUCUGUCUCUGGUGGAGCAGGCCAACGUCUGGCUCUUCCUCCGUUUAGCCAAGACCAACCGCAGCCGAGCCAAAGUCACCAUCCGCCUCUUCCAGCAGCACCACCCGUCCGGCGGACAUCUGUCUGUGCCGCAGGACGACACCCUCCUGUCAGAGAAGACGGUGGACACCCGCCGCAGCGGCUGGCACACCUUCCCGGUGUCGGCGGCCGUGCAGGCCCUGCUGCAGAGCUCCACAAGCACGACACUGAGCCUCAGGGUGUCCUGCCCGCUCUGCGCCGACACCGGCGCCACCAUCGUUCUGGUCUCGGGCAGCGCUGAGACGUCGCAGCGCAACAACCAGCGGGAGCAGUCCCACCGGCCCUUCCUCAUGGCCGUGGUCCGUCAGGGAGACGGCAGUGACUCGCAGCGGCGCAGGAAGCGCGGGCUGGAGUGUGACGGGAAGGUGCGUGUCUGCUGCAAACGGCAGUUCUACGUCGACUUCAAAGACAUUGGGUGGAACGACUGGAUAAUCGCUCCACGCGGUUAUCACGCCAACUAUUGCGAGGGGGAAUGCCCCUCCCACGUGGCGAGCAUCACCGGGUCCACGCUGUCCUUCCACUCCACUGUCAUCAGCCACUACCGCAUGAGAGGCUACAGCCCCUUCCAGAACGUGAAGUCGUGCUGUGUGCCCACCCGCCUACGAGCCAUGUCCAUGCUGUACUACAACGAGGAGCAGAAGAUCAUCAAGAAGGACGUCCAGAACAUGAUCGUGGAGGAGUGCGGCUGCUCGUAGAUGCAAACCUGAGCAGGAGAGGAGGAGGAGGAGCACCUCUGAACCCAGAGAGGGAGGAGAGGAAGCUGACUCUAGGAUCAUCACGUCACUUUUACUGACUGCUUUUCAUCCUUCGCCUCCGUCCGUCCCUCGAGGUCGCCCUCUGGGGUAAAAACUCUGCUCCAGACUCGUCCAGCAGAACUCAGAGAGUCUCCACGGCACUUUCAGAAAAAAGAGAAGAAAAAAAAUCUCUAAUAUAUUUUUGUUACAAACGGAGGAGCGAGGCUUAUUUAUGUGGCUGAGACGUUCAAGCACCGCUGAACCGACUUCGGAGAGACGAGGUGCCUGAAAAAAAUGCAAACAACAAAAGAAGAAAAAAAUCUCAAAACUAUGCAACUUGUUUCACGUAUUCAGACCUUAUUGUGUUUUAUUUGUCUCCGUUUGUCGGCUCCCCAAAUGUUUACUUUCUCAAAAUGUUGGAGGAAGACAGAAGAAGACUCUUGUACUUUAUUUAGAAGUAUACGUUUGUGAUGUGUGUGUGUGUGUCAGUGUGUGUGUGUCAGUGUGUGUGUGUGUGUGUGUCAGUGUGUGUGUGUGUGUGUGUGUGUGUGUGUGUCAGUGUGUGUGUGUCAGUGUGUGUGUGUGUGUCAGUGUGUCUGUGUGUGUGUGUAUGUGUGUGUGUUGAGAGAUACUUGAAAGAAACAAGUUGGCUCGGCUGCUGGAACCAAACACUUCUUUAUGUUAUAAUUAUUAUUGUCAGUAAGUAUAUUAAUAUUAUUAUUGUUGUUAAUAAUAUAUUGUGUUAUCAUGUCUCUUUUUUAAAAGAAGCGUUUCAAACGUGUUUAUUUUUUGCACUAUAGCGACACUCGUGUUCAGAUUAGCCACAGACAGAGAGGACAGACCGGAGGGAGGUCACAGGUUUGAGCCCCACUAGUCUUGACAAAAUACUUGACCGUGUCAUCAGUUGUGUCACUUCCUGUUGCUGAGGCCUGGAGCUGGCGUCUAAUGCUCACUGCCAGAGAAUCCUGAUUUUGCCAAAAGCAUGUGGACAGGUGGAGGGCUCGCGUUAGAAUGUACGUUUGAUUUCAGGAUGUUGGUCUUGAUGCUGUUUCACAAUAAAAGUCUAGCAGAAAUGCUGCAUCCCCUUCUGUUUGUUUCUGUCACUGCUUCUCAGUGAGCUGCUGCCCACGUCCAGCUCUCUGUACUCACAGCAACAGUGAGGUUUAUUGACUAAUCAUAACUUUAUGAUGACACAGUAAUUCACUCAUCAGCCGUCUGCACUCACAGAUGUUGGAUUUCAAACAUUCAGCUCACCUGCUUUGAAACCUUUAACUCCAGCCCCUUCAGUUCAACUUCUCUUCUGAUUGGCUCACAAAUAGAAACAUUUGGGUGAACAUGUUCAUCCAUCUCUACGACAUCAUCCAGACUGACGUGUAGAAAAAACAGUUUCUACAUUUUUUACAUGAACACGAGCUUCAUGACAGGAAAUCAGGAAAAGCAGAACGGUUCUAUAUUCAUAAAAGAUUACUAAUGCAAACGUUUGCUAACAGUAGAUACACAAUAGAUGUCUCCAGAAAACGAUGUUCUACACUCACCGGCAGCUUUCUGGCACUUGGCGGCCAUCCGACGAACUAUGGGUCAUGGCAGGUCAGCUGUGGAGGCUUCUGAUUGGAUAAAUCUGCACGUGUCUGUUGCUAUAUAGCUGUGCUAGCCAACCAGUUAGCAUGUACAGAUUAAUAUGUUUAUAUGGAGCUAAGUACUUACAUGAGCUAAUCACACGAGGAACCUCCGGUCUGUCCGGUCAGAAGCUCCGAGGACUUCUGCUAAAGUGAAGCACUUAGAAAACGUGCUGGUCACACACUUUUCUGGGAUCCACUUCCUGCAUUUGUAAAACAGGCGAGCUAAAGUUCUCUGUGAUAGCUAGCCUACAGCUAACCCGCCUAUCGAACCUCUGCAAUCCACGUUCACGUCUUUGUCUGUGGUGAAUGUUUACAGCAUUAGUAUUGAUAUCUCAUCUUUCUCAAAGAACUCCUAAACAAAUUGGCCUUUAUGUCUUUAUUAAAGUUGCGUUGGGAGUUUCAUGGGAUUUUUCCACACAGGGGCUAAAAUUAAAACAAUUUUUAGUUAAAAUCGGGUGAAAUUUUAUUACAAAGAUCCUUGAAGUUUUUCUUCUAUGAGACAAAUCGCUGCAUAAACGCAGCAUUAAUCAUAUAAAAUGUUGUUAACAUGGCACUUUGGAUACAUGAAUCAUAAAAUUCAGUUGAUUUGGUGAAAAUUCAAUUUUGAUGGUGAAAUUAAACCUGUUAAAGUUGAUAUUUAAUGCCUUAGUUUGCUUUAGGAGACCAAAGAGUCGAGUUUGUGUAUCUGUUUGUUUUUAAAUGAAAAGAAAUGAAUUUAUGAUCUGAUUCAAAAGGAUUUCACAGAAAAACACAGAAAAUGAUUCCUGCAGUUAUUUUGUCCUGACAGACGAUCGAUGUUUUCAUGUUUUUAGUUUCUCUGCUGUUGUUUCAUCCUCUCGCUCUCUGCACAUCAAGAACUCCACUUCCCACAAUGCUUUACUCUUCAUUGUUCUGAACUGAAAAAAGAAAAGACAGCCGUAAAUUUGGGAGAAAACGCCGUCCAAUCAGAUUCCGGCUGUUUCUGUGUCGUGUGUGUUUCUAUCAGUAUUGUCGAUUUGUUCGCCAAAAGUUUUGGAGUGUUUGUCGCCUUUUUGAUGAAGUUACAUGUUUUUACUUUUUGGAUUUUUUUGUUGUUAUGAUGGUUUCAUGGAGGAGGGCGGAGCCUCCUCUUGUUCUUCUGGACUGUGGGACGACCUCGGAGGUGGUCCUGUGUACAUGGACACAAACAAAACGUCAGUGCAGAAAAAAACUCAAAAACAAGCAAAAAAUAAAAAAACAAACAAAACGUGGUUGUUAUUUGUUCAGAUUUUGUUUAUAUUGAAAUGAAAAAAAAAUACUGACACUGAACAAAGUGGACAAAGAAUAAAAAGUCUAUUUUUUAUUCUGUAUAUAUGGAAAUCAGAUUCCAGUAUGUUGCAUUGCUUUGUUGUACAAAUCAAAUGUGCUUGUGGCAUUUUUCUAAUCUAAUUUAUUUUAUAGUAUUUUUUGUUUUUCUGCUUCACCAUUAAAGUUUAAAGGACGUACACGA